UAUACAAUUUUAAUUCAUUCCCAGAAUAUUUCUAUAAGUUCUUAAUUAAUCUAAAAGUAAUUGUUUUCUUUCCUCCCAUUUUCUUUGAAAAAUGGGAAUCCCUCACUUUCUUGCAAUACCAUUUCAAGUGCUAGGACACAUUAAUCCCCUUACACAACUCUCUAAUGUUCUAGCCAAACAUUAUGGUUGCAAGGUCACUUUUCUCAACUCUGAAUUCAACCACAAAAGAGCAAAAAUUGAUGAAUCAUCAUCAAAGAUGAUAAAGUUUGUCACACUCCCUGAUGGUUUGGACCAUGAAGAUAAUAGAAGUGACCUUAGCAAGGUUCUUCACUCCAUCAAAAGCACCAUGCCUUCUUUGCUUCCAAAGCUCAUACAAGAUAUCAAUGCUUUGGAUUUUGAGAACAAGAUCACUUGUAUUCUUGUGACAGUUAAUAUGGGUUGGGCCUUGGAAAUUGGUCACCAAUUGGGAAUUAAAUGUGCUGCUUUUUUUCCCUUCUCAGCUACUUCUUUGGCUUCAGUUCAUUUCAUUCCCAAGCUCAUGAAGGAUGGAAUUAUAGAUUCAGAUGGAAACCCCAUCAAAUCACAAGAAAUUCAAAUUUUCCCAAAUAUGCCAAAGAUGGACCCUAAACAUGUCUUAUGGUGUAACUUAGGCAAUGAGUUCUUCAAGCACCUUGUGCAAGAAAUGAAAACUAUGGAAUUAUUAGCAGAGUGGUGGUUUUGCAAUAGUGCCUAUGAUCUUGAGCCAGGAGCAUUAUCCAUAUCACCAAGGUUCCUAUCAAUUGGACCAUUGAUGGAAAGUGACAACAACAACAACAACAACAAAAGUUCUUCAUUCUGGCAAGAAGACACAACAUGCUUAGAAUGGUUGGACCAACAACAACCUCAAUCUGUUGUAUAUGUUUCAUUUGGUAGCUUAGCUGUAAUGGAAUCCAACCAAUUCAAAGAACUAGCACUUGCACUUGAUCUCAUUGACAAGCCUUUUCUUUGGGUUGUAAGACCAGGUAGUAAUGAUGAUAAAAAUAAUGCAUUUCCAAAUGAAUUUCAUGGAAAUAAAGGUAAAAUUGUUAGUUGGGUGUCACAAAAGAAAAUAUUGCAACAUGCUGCUAUUUCUUGCUUCAUAAGUCACUGUGGUUGGAAUUCUACUAUUGAAGGUGUAUAUAGUGGAGUAUCCUUCUUGUGUUGGCCAUUUUUUAUUGAUCAGUUUUGGAAUAAAUCAUAUAUUUGUGAUGUGUGGAAAGUUGGAAUGGAAUUAGCCAAGGAUGAAAAUGGAUUCAUAUCAAAAGAAGAGAUAAGGAAGAAGGUGGAGCAAUUACUUGGUGAUGAAGGCAUAAGAGAAAGGUCUUCAAAAUUGAAGGAAGUGACUAGGAAAAACCUAGGUGAAGGUGGCCAAUCUUCAAAAAAUCUUGAAAAAUUUGUCAAUUGGGCAAAAUAGUAAUACAAUGAUAUGUAUAAUAAUUUGGAACUUAAUUUGGAUUUGUUUUCAGUGUAUUAUUGUUUAAUUUGAAAAUUCAUUAUAUUUGAAUCUUUGAACACAAAAUUAUCUAGAACUAAAC